CACUAGGCUAUUGUGCCAGGUCCGUGAAUAUUUUGCUUAAACCAUUGCCACAAACUUCACAGAAAUAUCAGUUCACUAUUAAGCACAAGUGUUUCUUGAACGGAACUUUCCUCUUCCUUAGUUUUUAGCAUGCUACAUGUGGAUGUAGCACCCUAGCAGGUGCGUACUACAUGACCCCAACCAGGUGGUUCACCUUAUUCUUUUCUUGUCUGCACCAGGACUCUGCAGUUGACCUUUGCCCCAGCUGCUGUGACCUGGGUCGGAGUUGGGGGAGGGAUGAGGAUGGACGUGUUCCUCGGGGCUUUCUGCCUGGGUGUGUGGCAGUAACAGGACAAUAGGCCAGAUGAACCCUCCUCAAUUGAGGAAGCAGGAAGAGUUACCCUGUAGAUAGAGAAUUUCACAUGUGUUCCCAGAAUACACUUCCUCUUUUUGUCCUUCAAGUUGCUCCAGCAACUCAGCAAUCCAUGGUCCUAUGAUCACUCUGCUGUCCUUCCCCAGCCCAGCAUUUGGUCUCAGCUGCUGUGGUCUUUUGGGAUCUGGAAUUCUUCCCCAUACUCUGGGAUCUCAUUUUGCCCAACGGUGGGACUCCAGCAGGCACUUCCAGCCCGGCAUCUUCAUCUUCCCUGCUCAACAGACUUCAGCUGGAUGAUGACAUGGACGGCGAGACCAGAGACCUCUUUGUCACGGUCGAUGACCCCAAGAAGCAUGUCUGCACGAUGGAGACCUACAUCACGUAUAGGAUCACCACCAAAAGUACUCGGGUGGAGUUUGACCUGCCGGAAUAUUCCGUCCGUCGCAGAUACCAGGAUUUUGACUGGUUAAGAAGCAAACUCGAAGAAUCCCAGCCCACGCAUCUCAUUCCCCCACUUCCUGAGAAGUUUGUGGUGAAAGGCGUUGUGGAUCGCUUCUCGGAGGAGUUUGUGGAGACCAGAAGAAAAGCCUUGGAUAAAUUCCUGAAAAGAAUUACGGAUCACCCCGUGCUCUCUUUCAAUGAGCACUUCAACGUCUUCCUGACAGCGAAGGACCUGAAUGCCUACAAGAAGCAAGGCAUGGCCCUGCUGACCCGAGUGGGCGAGUCCGUCAAGCACGUCACUGGGGGCUACAAGCUGAGGAGUCGGCCUCUGGAGUUUGCAGCCAUCGGCGAGUACUUGGAUACGUUUGCUCUCAAACUGGGAACCAUCGACCGGAUAGCCCAGCGGAUCAUCAAGGAAGAAAUAGAGUACCUUGUGGAGCUGAGGGAAUACGGACCUGUGUACUCCACGUGGAGCGUGCUGGAGGGUGAGCUGGCCGAGCCCUUGGAGGGUGUGUCGGCCUGCAUUGGAAACUGCUCUACCGCCUUGGAGGAGCUGACAGAUGACAUGACUGAGGACUUCCUGCCCGUGCUCAGGGAAUACAUCUUGUACUCUGACUCCAUGAAGAGCGUACUGAAGAAAAGGGACCAAGUUCAAGCAGAAUAUGAAGCCAAAUUGGAAGCUGUGGCACUGAGAAAGGAAGACCGUCCCAAGGUACCAGCUGAUGUGGAGAAGUGUCAGGACCGGAUGGAGUGCUUCAAUGCUGACCUGAAGGCCGACAUGGAGAGGUGGCAGAACAACAAGAGGCAGGACUUCCGGCAGCUGCUCAUGGGGAUGGCUGACAAGAACAUCCAAUAUUAUGAGAAGUGCCUCAUGGCGUGGGAGUCGAUCAUUCCACUGCUGCAGGAGAAGCAGGAGGCCAAGUGAGCACCUUGUGGGGACAGAGACUCAGCUACCCACACAGGACGCGGCACCCCAGGCUGGAAUGUCCCCACAGUGCCAGAGAGGCGGCGUCGGCAAGCAACCACAGAAACCUCUCUCCCUUGUGUUCUUCUCCCCACCCCCCCCAACCCCACAGUUGUUUUCAAUUUGUAUUUAUUCCCUGGUGGGGUCUAAGACCACCACACAUCUCAGCAGAAGCAGCAUACCUCCAUGCUGUGAAGGAACCAAGGAGACAGAACACUACAGAGACCUGGAACCGAGGGACGCCAUGGCCUGCGACGGGGAGUCCCAUAUCUCAUGACGAUGUCCCAUUUGGGGACAGCCGAGUGGCCCACUAAGGGGGACAGUCUGGGCCCUGCUUUUCCAGGACUGGACGGAGGCAUGAACAUGAGGAAGCUGUUGCUUUCUGUUCACACGUAGCGGCCCUGAAGUUGACCUCGACUGGCCUCAGCAUAGAAACGGGUGUUGACACCUCUGUGGCGAGUCCUGAAACAUCCUGUGGCCUGUAGCUGUUGAGUGUGAUCUGCUGCCUGCCUGUACCGAGUGCUCAGUGCCAGCUGUUUGGUUCCUUCUGCUUGACACAGGACUGUCGGCAUCAGUGUGUCCACCUGCAGCCAUGCUUGAGCAAGCAAGCCAGUGUCCUUGUCCUGUGUGGUGCCUCGGGAAGCUCAGGUGAAUGCUGUGGUAGCUUGAUUCUGACACCACAAUGCCAUAGAUGAGCAACUCUUCAUUGUGUAUAAAGUGAAAAAGAAAAUGGUGCAUUUUCUCCAGGAAGGUCUUCAUCGUUUUUGUUUUGUUUUUCCUUAUGUUUGUCAGUUGUCAACAGAACAGGGAAUGCACCUGUUAGGGAACGUCUGUUGUCAUGAAGUCACAGUAGCCCCUCCCCUGUUGACAUCAGUGGGAAGAUAACAAGCCUCACCUCCAUGUCUGCUUUGUGCAAUUUGCCUUUUACCUCACCAGAAAUGCCCGGCUUAUUUCCUACCAUGUCCACUGAAUGUGUUGAGGCAACCUUUUGAUGAGGGAGUUGGCGCAUCAAGUGUUGAAAUCUGUAAACUCCCUGCGAAUGUCCUAUGUCAAGUGCUUUAACCCUUAACAUUUCCAACUGAGGAGGGAACAUCAGUGUCUAGAUGAGCCUCACAGAUAAAAAUGUUGGUAAACUUUUUGCUUCUAGCUAAGCUUUUAACUCUCUGUGGUUUGUAGCUGAAUUCCCAAGGACUGCUAGCUGUGUUGAAAGUCUCCGUCUCAAUUGCCAAGUUUACUCUUUUCAGAAUCAACACAAGACCAUCAAACAAGAGCUAUCUGCCAACUCAGUCUUUCCCCCUCUACUGAUAUGAGGCUACAUGUGUCCAUUUGUGUUCUUCCAUCUGAGUUUCAUCCCUGUAGAACUAUCAACCUGAGUCUCCAACAAAUGGUAGUGGUUAGUUGUUUUUAAUGAAACAGCUGAGGUAAGGCACCACUUCAUAGACAAGUUAACCUGCAGAUACCCAUCAACGCAGCAUGGUGAAAUUGCUUCAUCCCACUUCCAGCUAUAGAGUUGACCUUACGUCAGCUGCAGCUGUGAUGUUGUCAGGGCCCGUCUUGGACAGCAGGGAACUGUUUGCCAUGUUUGACAAAGUCAACGUUCCAGUGAUAAUUUUUAUACCCAUUGAUACUUGCCGGUACUAUUACACCCCACCCGUGCCAUGCUAAAAAUCCUUUGAUGUGAAUUUCCAGUCUGGUACUAUUAGAAAUGAUUUGCUGAAGUGGAAGGUGAAGAACAAUCCCUCCACGCCUGAGUGGUGAUUUAACAUCUCAUUCUACCUCUAAACCAUCGUGUUGGUGUGGGUCUGGCUGUCUAGGUCCAGCCUGAUCACAUGCUGAUAGAACUGGGGUAUGUACUGGGGAAUGAGUUGACAGCCCUUUAUUGGUACUUGGUGGAAGAUGCCAGAAUGGCCCAGCAAUGACUGCUUUUCUGUGGAACACGUGAAGCUUUACGUUGUAGAAUAUGUGCUUUAAAGAUGCUAGUCCAGUGUCAUGACUGCUUAGAAAGAGUGUCAAGGAUUUCAAAUUCUGACACCUGCUAGUCACUGAAGCCCAGAAACAACCAUGUGUGCUGCUUAGUCGGGACAGAGGCAGACCUUCCUGGGCUAAGGGAAUGGCUGGGGAGAGUCACACACAUGUAUUCAUUGCCUCCCAUAAGGAGAGGCAGAAGACUGGCUCUCAACAGUCAGCCUCCUUGGGAAUUGGUCUUGCUGCUGCUGCUGUCUGGUCGCCAGGUGAUCUUUCUGUGCUUUGAGGCUCCAGAAAGAGGUGGGACAAGGCAAGUGUUUUGUCCUGCAGGCAUGCUCUUAGUGGUGGGACCAGGAAACCCCUCAGAAUUGUAGACUUGCUUUGUGGACAUGGUCCAUCCACAACAGGGACUCCUUUGCCUGUUGUCAGCGUGGUGUCUGAUGAGGUGAGGAGGCUGCUCCAGGAGAACGGGAACAGUAGGUAGAGAACAGGGCCCUCCUACCAUUCCCAUCCCAGAAACCCCCAACAUUUGCCUCUUGGUCUUGAUCAAGCACACAGGAGAUUUCUCAGGAGCAGCUGAACUCAUGGACCUCUGAGCCAAAAACUGCCUCGCAGAGGUUUCCCUCACCUGUGCCUCUUGGCUCCACAUAGUCACAGUCCUGAGGCCACCAGCUUCUUUUAUUUAUUUCCCAUGUGACCUUCUCUCAAGGACCCCACCAGGCUGACAUAGACAGGUCUGAGGCUUGAACCCCUGUCGGCAGUGACAUGGAAAGCUGUCUCCUAGCAUCGAUGAGGGACAGCAGAGGGUGGAGAUGGGGUAGGGCUGGAAAGUGAAAGUUGUUCUCCAAGAUUAAAAAUUCCAGGUGAAGGGAGAGAAGAAAACCAGAUGUUUUACAUAUGAUGUGGGGGAGAGCACAUGUGGCUUGCAGUAGGUAUAGGCAUAACUCUUCUUUGUCAAUAUGGUGGACCUGUUGAAAGAUUCUGAGCUAUUCUGCUCAAAGCAAGGAACCGCUGCUCUGAAAUGAGGCGAGAGCAGCAUCCAGCAGGUUGCGCUUCACUCUUCAUAAAGAAUUAAUGAUUCCUGGGGAAAGUGGGAUGGUCGAGGUGACUUUACCUUGCCAUUUGCUGAAUUCUAGACACCUUCCCUCAGCUCACAUCACAGAAACCCAGCAUGAUGCCAGGGACCCUGGUGACUAUAAGAUGAAACAUGUUCUUGUGCCGCCCUUUGGCCUCAUCCAGAGUGAGGCAGUAUGGAGGAUGUUUUCUUCAUGUAUGCACAUCUGCUCACUUCUUUGAGGCUGCCCUUCAUGAUGGAGUAACCAGAAGGAAGCAUGGGGCCACAUGGCAGUCUGCAGUGGGGGUUCUCUCAGGAUAGUGGCCCCAGAAGUCCAUGAGCAUGUGCAACAUGGUCCUGCUAUUGAUACAACUGGAAGCAUGAGCACCCGGUCCUGUUUCAACACCAGUCAAGGGAGGGCAGAAGAGGCACUCCCCUGCGUUCUGUGCUGAGCCAGCCAAGGCAGGGAGAGCAAGGUGCAGAAUGAUAUCUGGGGCUCUGUUGGCCUCGGCUCUUUCCAUGUCAGGCAGGGUUGGAACUGGCUUCUUUCUGGCUAGGGGUUUGGCGGCCACCCUACAGGGGAAUCUCCCCCUGAAGAAAAAGGACUGCUUGUUGUGCACUCGGGACACAGCCAGCCCCACCCUGCCUUCCAAAUGCCUCGUCCUCUAAGGGCUUGUAGGACUUGAGCAAGCUAAUCAUAUGGCUGGAGUAGCAUUGUUGUGACUGUUUCGGUUUUACAAGGAUGUGUUGAGAAUUGGGGAUUGCCUUCUUGCCUUCAGCAGUCAGCCAGAUGGCAUUGGGUGGGCUGGACACACCCUCUCAUGUCCCUCAUCGGAAGCAGUGGCACUUACACACUGCAGUAAAGGACGGUCACCGUUCUGGGCCAGACUUAGAUCUUGGGCUGGGGGGGUGUUGCUCUUGUUGUGUUCUCAUCUUUUUUUUUUUUUUUAACACAGGAUCCCAGUUGUUCAUGUACCUAGCCCAUCAGGUGUCAGUGCUUUGUUUUAAGGAUGCCCGGUUUCCCUCUAGUUGUACAUGUUAGAGCAUGUGCGGGGCUGUCAAAGUGAGAAAAGUGGAGGGAACAAUGACCAGGGUGGACUGUUGUUUCUUAUUUUUGUAGUGCAUCAUCGGUAUAUCUGUCUAACUCUUUCUAUGUGGCAGAAAACAUAUGUUACCCAGGUAGUUUUUAACUUCUGUAGAUGGUUUGUAAAUAACUGCUUUGAAAAAAAAAUAACAAAACCAGUAAGAUAUUUGUGUCAUAUAGAAACAUGGUGUAUAUUACUUACUUGAAAAAUAAACAAACCCAGAAUUUUGUAACAAAAAGAAAUUCCACAGACUGUUAAAAGCCUAACUACUCUUGAUGAGAAUUUGUCAACACCUAAUAAUAUGCCUUAUUCUUCAACUUGUGUUUUUAAAAUUCUGGGUAGGAGGAGUUUUAGAAAACUCAUAGGUCAUUUAGCUUAAAAAUAUCUUCGGUCCUCAGUCUCCCGGAAAUGAUGAGGGUUGCCUUUUGGGAAGAGAAAACUCAACACUGCUAUUGCCAAAUGAUGCUUUUGAUAACAUACAGAAACACAGGGACCAUAAAACCUUUUUUUACACCUUGUCUGAAAGAUUAAUUUUGUGCCUUUUGGCAUAUUUCUGAUUGUAGAGGGCAUGAUCUCGCCAUUGCUACAUGAUGCAGGUCCCAAGGUCUCUGUAGAUUACAAGUGUCCGGGGUUUACUCUGAUUCUACAGAACAGCUUUUGAAGGUACUGUGGGGACCUCAGUGCAGCGUGUUUUGGAUGGACAUUCUCCACAGCUGAAAUGCCAAAAAUGUAGUAUGUUGACUCGCCUAAUUGAGUCCAUUUUAGAAGCGCUUCUACUGUUAAAACCACUGCUCAAGACUAUUGCUUAGGCACCUCUCCUGAAAGCCAGGUAAGUCUGGGUUAUCUGUGGGCUGGCUGGGAGCAGGUAACACCUGUCCAUGGCCCUGUUAGACAGGCUUGCUCACUGUCCAGAGCAACUUCUCAAAAAUGAUACUGUAAGGAGGAGAGGGAAAUUGCUCCUUCCUCACCAUGGAAAUGGAGAGAGAGGAAAUGAGGUCCAAAAAAGCCUUGCCUGGGCCUUCAUCAGAUAAUAAACCAGCAGCUCUUAGCAUUUAGCAGCAUUCACCCAGACACCCCUGAGAUUCUGGGCUUAUAGAUCUGACAGAGCCCUAUUCCUUGUAUUUCUGUGCACCUGCUCCCUGCAUCUCUGAAUUGGGAAUGCACUGAGAGACAAUGUUCAUCUGUUACGUUCCCACAAAAUAAACUGCCAGCAACCUUUCUAACUUGGAUUUUAACUGUUUAAGAAGAUAUUUAAAAAGACUUUCGCUUAGGACCCGUCCACAUUAUGGAUGGUGUCCAUUUUAAAAAUUCUUUUCACUUAAAGACUACAAAGGAAUCACCUUCCAAGGUAUUGAGAAAGUCCCGUGUGUGUGACCUCUCCCCACCGCCGUGAAAGCCAAAACAAAGCUGUGAAAGACAAAAGUGCUUCAGAGAAUGCGUGUUGAUGAGAAAGUAAUUUCUCUCCAGUUCUUUCUAGAAGUUUUUGUUUGUUUGUUUUUACAUGAAACGAGCAGGACUUUAAAAAGAAUGUCCCUAUUGCAGUUGUGGAUGCGAGAGUUUGUAAAACAGACACAGUGUGGUUUCUCUUGGAUUGUGGAUGCUGGCAGAAGUUUUGGUCCAGUUUUUUUAUUUCACAUAUCUGUGUGUAAAAGAUGCUGUUUCUUGUUUACUGCAGGAUUAGUAUUACAUUUGGAGGUAAACAAAAAAAAUUUGUAUUGCUUGAUAAACUAUUAGCCUGUAAACUUAAAAACAUUUCUUUACCUCAAUUAAUUUAAAGUUAUGGACCAAUAAACCUAUCAAAGAUGCUUUCUUUA